UUCACACAGACGCGCACACACACACACACACCUCCUCACUGGAAACCAGGAAUCACAACCUGCACCCAUCACCGCUAUAUGGAAGCCCAUAAUGCUUCUAUUUUAUACACUAUAAUACAGACACUGCUACAUUCACAAUGAAACCACGACACGCUGUUCUAUAUUAGCUUACACACUGAUAUCUAUACACACACAUAUUUAUAUAUAGAGAUACAAUUUCACACACCCACACUGCACCCACACUGCACCCACCAGCAAAAUACCUUCAUUUGAUGUGACACUGACACACAACUGGAUAUUGCAGCUAUAAAGAUAUACACAUUUGUAUACCUAUUCACAAAUCUACACGUACACUCAUAGGCAAAUAUACACAGGCAUGCCCAUCUAAAUACUCACAACCUGGCUGCAUACUAACACACCUGCAUCUACUCACAGCACCGCACCCUAUAGACUGCCUUAGAUGGGUGCUAGCAGCACAACACUCCUAUGUUUCAGUAGAAACAGAAGCAUGCACUGGAUCUUCUACUCUGCGUCUUUGCCUAACGUUCUCUGAAGGGAAGAGACGAUGCAAGGGUGAUCAUCAUCAUGGCUGCCAUAUCUCAGCUGCUGGACACUGAUAUGGAUUAUGAACGUCCCAAUGUUGAGACAAUCAAAUGCGUUGUGGUUGGCGACAACGCAGUGGGGAAAACACGGCUGAUCUGCGCACGUGCCUGCAAUGCCACCCUGACUCAAUACCAGCUCCUUGCCACCCAUGUGCCAACUGUCUGGGCUAUAGAUCAGUACAGAGUAUGCCAAGAGGUGCUUGAACGUUCUCGGGAUGUUGUUGAUGAUGUCAGCGUAUCAUUGCGGCUUUGGGAUACAUUUGGUGACCAUCACAAAGAUAGAAGAUUUGCCUAUGGGAGGUCAGAUGUGGUGGUCCUCUGCUUCUCUAUUGCUAACCCCAACUCUCUCCAGCAUGUCCAGACCAUGUGGUAUCCUGAGAUUAAGCAUUUCUGUCCCCGCGCUCCUGUUAUUCUUGUGGGAUGCCAGCUAGACCUCCGUUAUGCCGAUCUAGAAGCUGUGAACAGAGCACGUCGUCCACUGGCCAGGCAAAUUCGCCCCCAGGAGAUUCUACCACCGGAGAAGGGCCGUGAAGUAGCCAAGGAGCUGGGAAUUCCCUAUUAUGAGACUAGUGUAGUUGCGCAGUGUGGCAUCAAAGAAGUCUUUGAUAAUGCCAUCAGGUCAGCCCUUAUUUCUCGGCGUCACCUUCAGUUUUGGAAAUCACAUCUACGCAGUGUGCGCAGGCCUCUGCCUCAGGCUCCAUUUCUGCCCCCAAGACCUCCACCUCCAGUUAUCAUAGUGCCUGACCCACCAACAAAGAGUGAAGAACACCCGGCAUGGUUGUUGGAAGAGGCUUCCUGUGCUGAUGUGGUGCUGGUGGUUCAAGAGAGAAUUCGUAUCUAUGCUCACCGCAUCUACCUCUCAACAUCCUCCUCCAAGUUUUGUGACUUGUUUCUUAUGGAGGAUGGGGAUCCACCUACCCAAACCAGGGAUCCGCUACUGAGGGCCUCUAGUUUUGAUGCCUGUGAGGGAUCAGGAGAAGCAGUAGGAGGGGGUAUGAGAACAUCAGCAAGUGAUGGGACUCUUGGGAGGGAGUGCGGCAGGGACUUGUCCAGUUGGAGCAGGGCUUUUGAGAGCAUCCGCAGUCGAGUUCUUGAAGAGCCUCCAGGAUACAUGGCACGCCGUGUAGCAGUGGUAAAAAUGGACAGCUCAGUGAGGCCUAGGCCUUUCAGGGCAGUGUUGAAAUUUCUCUACACUGGACGGCUGGAUGAGAGGGAACCAGAUCUCAUGGAAGUAGCACACAUUGCUGAGUUGUUAGAAGUGUUUGACCUGCGUAUGAUGGUGGCAAAUAUCUUAAACAGAGAGGCCUUUAUGAACCAGGAGAUUACAAGGGCUUUCCAUGUCAGAAGAAGCAAUCGUGUCAAGGAGUGUCUGGCUAAAGGAACCUUCUCUGAUGUCACCUUUAUGCUGGAUGAUGGGACUAUAAAAGCCCACAAGCCUCUGCUUAUCUCUGGCUGUGACUGGAUGGCAGCCAUGUUUGGAGGUCCUUUUCUGGAGAGCAGUACCACUGAGGUAGUGAUUCCAUAUACCUCUCGAAGCAGUAUGCGAGCUGUACUGGAGUAUCUGUAUACUGGCCAGUUUAGUACAGGGCCAGAUCUUGACCCAUUGGACCUCAUCAUUCUUGCAAACAGACUUUGCUUACCCCAUCUUGUAGCACUGACAGAACAACACACGGUGUCAGUCAUGUUGGAUGCAUCUCUGAAUAACAAGGACAUUGAUGGAGAAGCUCUUAUGUUACUGGAGGCUGCUCAGUUUCAUGGAGCAGAUCAGCUGGCAGCAUGGUGUAUGCACCACAUCUCAACCAACUAUAACCGAGUCUGUAGGAGAUUUCCACGUGACAUCAAAGUUGUGUCUGCAGAAAAUCAGCAGGCCCUUGAAACCCAGCGCUGGCCCCCUGUUUGGUACCUAAAGGAAGAAGACCACUUUCAGAGAGCCCAGAGGGAGCGUGAGAAAGAGACAGCCCUGCACCAGAAGAGACAACCAAAGAGGCGCUGGUUGUUCUGGAACAACUCCCGGGCAAACUCCUCUGCUUCCCCGACUCCCUCCUCGUCUGCUAUUGGCUAAGUCCUGCUCUUAACCCUCAAUGUGUCUUCUUCCCUUGUGAAAGCAGUGUGUGCAUGUGCAUAGAACAGGGGUCAGAGUAGGCCUUGGUAUGUGGGCUAAACUAUCAUUUUAUUGGCUGUUGCCCUCAUUCCAUUUUGUACAGAUUCUGUUAAUGAUUCAUAUUUUGUAAGCUGAAAAACAGUUACAGUAUAUGAGAUAUAGUAUAUUAAGAUAGGGAUUAUUCCCCUUUGACAGAGACAAGAUCAUCUCCAUGUGGGGCUUCAACAACAAAAAAAGUCUUAAAAAAUCUAGAGGUGCAAUUAGAUGGUUGUAUAUGAAGAAUACCUCUGCUGAGCCCAACAAGAUGGCAGCUCCAACUCAAAUGCACCAAUACUAAUCCAAUACUAAUAAGCACACACUAUGCUUUGGUGUUACUCCAGUCUGUCUUGUGAUAUGCGGAGUAACCAGCUGGUCCAGAAGUAAUCUGCUCUGCCAUAUUUGUCUGAUCUAGCCAUUGAAGUGUGUGGUUAACUUGUGUGAAAUACAGGAGGAGAAUAGUUGGGUCAGCAGUUUAUGCACCAUCCUAAUUCUCCAAAGUUUACCCGUGGAAAGAGAAUGAAAUGAGUGGCAGGUUGUAGCAGUCAUUCCUAUGUACAUACACCAAUCUAACCACUUCUGGUACACCAACCAACUAAUAUACAGACAAUCAAAUUUUUGGUAUGGUAUUUUUCUGGUUAUUUUCUUUAAUGUCAGAUACAAACAGAAUAAUCACCAAGAGGCCUGGCAUUGGUGCAUGUACUGUGUAUCUAGUUAUAAGGUGACUGCUGAGCCAGUUGGAGCAUGUAAGAGUAUACAUGGUUAGCUCCACCAAUUAUACAGGUAGUAGAAUCCUCCUGGAACACUUACCAGUCCAACCACCAAGUAGUCAAAGAAGUUGUCAGGAGAAAGAAAGAGGCUGCUCUGAUGUUUUUCUGCUUAUG